AUGUCGGCCCCUCAAUUCUGGUCCACGCCAUUGCGAUACCUUCGCUGGGCCUCGCACGAAAAGCCAGCCAUCUUCUACUCGAUUGUCCUCGGCUCUUUUGGUCCCGUCUGUCUCGUCGCCAUACCGCCUAUCCGUCGCUACUUUGGUGAUGUUGACCCCGAGAAGAUUCCACUUUCAUAUCCCGUUCCCAAGGGCCCUCGUGUGAUCCCCAAAGGCUUCGAUGACGAGUAG